UUCAGUCGAGUUUGAAACUUACACUCAAGCGGAGUUGUAAAUAGUUGUUCGAGUUUUUUGGCUCGUACUCAAACUGUAGAAAAAUGUAAAAAGUCGACUAAAACAAAAUAUUUGUUUGCCUGCAAAUUCUUUUCGAUUUUAUGUUUAAGCGAAAGCGAAUCCGAAAUAUUUUAGAAAAGUAAACUAAAUCCAACGGCUUUUAGAAAAACGGCUUGUAGCAAAAAGCGCAAACAUAAAUGCACGAAUUAAAUACGUAUCUAGCGAUAAAUAAUUAUAUCGAAUCAACGUAACGAAAGUAAGUUAAGGAAUAAAUCUUAUUUCUGGUGCGUAUAACUCCAUUAGAAGGCGAUUAGCAUAGCUUUGUGAGCGCAGAGCAAAAGAACGAGCUACUGCAGCAGAAGUGCCAACAAUAAUUCAAUCAGACCCAUCUGUGAAACCAGAAAAAGUAAACGUCCACGGAGUCAACGAGUCCAAGUGAGAGUGACAGCCGUAACACGAACCAAACCAAACCAAACAUAACCGAUCCGGUGCUGGGGUCCCCUUCAGCUGCUGCAAAGGACGCGGCGGCCCAAACACAAACUAACUAGAAAACUUUGUCAAACACUCGAGUAAAGCGGCAAACGUGCGCAUCUGAAAGUUUUCCCUCUAUUUCGUGCACCUCUUAGACUCAGAUAUAGAUACAGAUUACAAAAUACAUAUACCGACGCGAGUGCUUUAAUUUCGGCACGUUCUCAGCAAAAUAAGUACAUAAAAAGGCGGCAAGAGAAACAGCUGCAGGAUGUCCUCCUCCAUGCCAUUGACCAUGGACCAGCGACGUUUGAUUUGGCCAACAUUUAUUCUCUCGCUGCUGUUGCUCCAGGCAACGGCGAGUGCCAUCGAUUUGAGUCGUUUGUACGGGCAUAUGGCAAACCCGAUACAGAAACGAAGCGAUGCCUGCCAUCCGUACGAGCCUUUCAAGUGCCCCGGCGACGGUAAUUGCAUUUCCAUACAAUAUUUAUGCGAUGGUGCGCCCGACUGCUCCGACGGCUACGACGAGGACAUGCGUCUUUGCACUGCUGCCAAACGCCCACCUGUCGAAGAGACUGCAUCAUUUUUGCAGAGCCUAAUCGCCUCACAUGGACCCAAUUAUCUGGAGAAACUUUUUGGCAGCAAGGCACGUGAUGCCCUCUCCCCGUUGGGCGGUGUGGAAAAGGUGGCCAUCGCUUUGAGCGAAUCGCAAACGAUUGAGGACUUUGGAGCCGCAUUGCACCUAAUGAGAUCUGACUUGGAGCAUUUACGUUCCGUUUUUAUGGCUGUGGAGAAUGGCGAUCUUGGCAUGUUGAAGUCGCUUGGCAUCAAGGACUCGGAACUGGGUGAUGUGAAGUUCUUUUUGGAGAAAUUGGUCAAUACCGGUUUCCUUGACUGAGUAGCGCCGGAUCCGGCUUCUGGAUUUUAUUAUGCACACGCACAGCCCAUCAAUCCUAAUUUCUAUUCAUAUCUGGGCACGCCCUAUGAUAAUUACAAUUAUUAGAAAGGUGUUGCAUUAAAUCUUUACAUUCAGCAAUAUAAAUCGAUACACACGAUUAAAACACUCACACAUCCGUACACGAACACACUCGUACAUCUGAUAUUUUCUCAAAACUUUCACAGUUUUAUUAGUUUUCCAAAAUAUACUCCUUGGUUUUAUGCUGUUUCUUGCCUGUCCAACGCUUGAUUUUCUUUCAAUUUUCAAACAUCUCUUUUAGAAAAAAAAUCACAAAAAUAUAAAAAAAAUGAAAAAUAUUACAAAAGAACCAAAAAAAAUAAAAACGCUACUCUGCAAAAAUAUGUUGGUCAAUUGCAAAAAUAUACCAAAAUGACGUUUAAACGGCUUCUCUACUAUAUCAAGAACUUUCUCCCAAUUCUUCUGCGCUCUUUCAAUCGGUCUGCAUUCUUAGCUCUUAGUUCGUUUGUGUUGGUAAACUUCGUCAAAUUUUGAGAAAAUUAACGCGCAUCUUUCAGUAACUAAAUCAAAUUCUCAAGACAAUUGAAAACAUUACAAAAAAUAAUUCACGCAAAAGUAAAAGCAAAAUGUAGAAGCGGGAUCGUUCGGCAAAAGAAAACAAAGAAAACAAAAAGAAUAAGAAAAAAAAAAACCCAAAAAAAUAUAUAUAUAAAUAUUUAUAAAAUGAUAUCUUUCUUAAAUGUGUAUUUGUAAGUGUUUCAAGAGGCCUCACAACAAAUCUAGUUUCAAUCCCCCAAAAACACACUCAAGGUAUUCACUCAAAGCAGAAAUCCUACAAAAAUUGUACGUUUCAGCGGCAAAGAAACCAAGGCUAUCAGUACAGAACCUUCCAAGAAAUAAUGCUUAAUAUCGACCCCACAAGUGUAUGUUUAACUUUUUGAAAAUUCUUUUCUAUAUACACACAGUUUUUUGUCUAUUUAUAUAGUAUAUAGAUAUUGGGACAUAUCGUCUAGAGCUUAGAGUAUAAACCACUAGCAAGCCCUGCAGCUAUUGUUGUUCAAUUGAAGACGUGUAGACAAGCAUUCAAUGUUUCAAUUCGCAACUAUGCGAAAUACAUAUAUACGCAUACAUAUAUAUAUAUUUAUUAUUAUAGUAAGAUAAAUAAUCGCAAAUGUCGGGCUACUGUACACAAUGCAAUAGCUGAAAAACAAAACACACACAAUUGUCAAGUUGCAUAAUUUGCAAAUAUUAAAUGUUUGGAAACUAGUUAAACAACUGGUAGAUAAAUAAACAUUCUUAUCACAAUAUUAACCUUGCUUAAAUUGAGAAAAAAUGUGUGUUAGCUUAUUAAACGUUUUAGCACAAGACCUAUCUAUCAAUUAAUAAACCAAUUAAAUCAAAUAAAUAUAUAUAUAUAUAAAAAAAAAAAAAGUAUAGUAACCAAAAUGAAGCUCAUGAGAUUACAGUUUUUAGCAGCCAAUUUUGUUCAUGACUCAAAAACUGACCCUCAAACCGAUAUGAAAAAAAAAGAUAUAAGAAUAUUAUCUGGAAAACCAAGAACAAAAUUGACUUCUAAAACUAUAUUUAGCCCUAAUCUAAAUUUGUAUCUUUGUCUAAUACGCAAGAAAAUGUAAUCCACCCACAUAGCUUAUGUCUAGGCCCCUUCGGAUUAAUAUGAGAAGAAAGAGCACGGAAUUGUUAAUACGCAGUGAAAGUAACUAAGCACAUGCCAAACGAGAGAUGUGCUCUAAGACAAUUCAGUCCAACUCAAAUCAAGUAUCGAACCCAACGUUUUAAUGUCGUCACAAGCAGAUAGCUAAAGGAAAACUAACUAAAAAAAAAAAAUCAAAAAACACUUAAUAAUGGAGUUAUAAGUACCUUGAAUUAGCUGGUAGAAACGCGUAUUUAACCAACUAUUUGCUAGAAAAAACAAUUUUAUUUGCUUAUUGUCUAUUUAAAUGCUUAAAAAGACGUACUUAUGUGUACACAUCAAUAUAUAGAAACCUGAUUCAAAGAUUCAAUUAAGAGUGGUAUGAAAAGAAGAAUAAAAACAACAGAUCCAUUGAACUAUAUAUAUAUAUAUAUAUAUAUAAAAAUAAUACACGUAUAUUAAUGUAAGUAUAUAAACAAGCAACUUAUAUAAAAGUAAUAUUAGUAUGAACACAUACAUAACACCUAACAAUGUGUGUAUGUAUGUAUGCAUGUGUAUAUGCCCCGUGUAAAUAAAGAGACAAGCUACAUAUUUCAUAUGGAUGCAAAUGGACGAUGAACGCGAACAAGUUGGAAAAAAAACCCAAAAAAAAAAAACCAAACAAAAAAAAACUACUACAAGUGAUAAUUUGAUUAUUUUUUAUGAAUACAAUUAUAGCAUUUGGCAUAUUUAUUGUUAUAUAUAACAAAUGAUUCAACACUUUUAUAUAUCGUUUACUCGAAAACUAUCAAAACGGCUAACAUACACAUACAUAUCUUUGCAAUUUUGCAACAAUUAUGCGUUUCUUUGUGCAUAUUUUUGAACAAUUUUAACAUUUAUUAUACAAACCUUAGUACUACUAUAUAUACGAUAUUAUAAGUAAGCCACGAAACUAUAUCACAUACAUAUCAGCGAAUUCGCUAUCGAUGUUUAAAAACGCUACAAACCAAAAAAAAAAAAAAUGAAAAAAAAAAAACAACGUUAAUGAAAUACGGCAAAUAGAAAACGGAUUAAAGUCUUAAAUUAAGCAAAUAUGCUACAUAUCAAUAAACUAAUGAAAACAUAUUUAAUAUGCGUACGAAGAAAACGAAGCAAAAGCGAAGCAAAUUCCAAAUAUAUAUUUACAAAAAGAAAGAAAUAAUCUUAAACAUAAACCUUUACCAAACCAAUUCACUUUAAAUAUUCUUAAUUUUACUUUUUUUUUCUUAAUGUGUAUUUUUUUUUCUUAAAUCGUCUUUGUAACUUGAUUCAGUGUUUUAAGCCCAAAACUGACCCAAAACAAAUUAAAAUGCUGAAGCAAUUCUACAAAGCAGUCCGCAAA